CCUCAGAACAAGAAUGAUGACUUCAGUGAUGACUUCAUUCAUUCAGUGAAGACUUCAUUGCAGACAGAUAAAACAACUUUCACACCUGAAAUAAAAAACACCACAGUGACUCCAAGUGUAACCAAAGAUGUGGCAUUGACAGCAGUUCUGGUUCCAGUGCUGGUGAUGGUCUUCACUACUCUGAUUCUUAUCUUAGUUUGUGCGUGGCAUUGGAGAAACCGCAAGAAAAAAACUGAGGGCACUUACGAUCUACCUUACUGGGAUCGUGCAGGGUGGUGGAAAGGAAUGAAGCAGUUUCUCCCAACGAAAUCAGCAGAACAUGAAGAAACUCCCGUACGCUACAGCAGCAGUGAAAUUGGUCACCUAAGACCAAGAGAAGUCCCAACAAUGCUGCAAACAGAGUCUGCAGAGUAUGCUCAGCCACUGGUAGGGGGAAUUGUCGGCACGCUUCAUCAGAGAUCAACCUUUAAACCAGAGGAAGGGAAAGAAGCAAGUUACGCCGAUUUGGACCCUUACAAUUCACCCAUACAAGAAGUUUACCAUGCUUAUGCUGAACCGCUACCUAUAACGGGACCGGAAUAUGCAACUCCAAUAAUCAUGGACAUGUCCAACCAUCCCAGCACCCCUCUUGGCGUUCCUUCCAUUUCCACCUUCAAAGCUGCAGGGAAUCAAGCUCCUCCACUGGUGGGAACUUACAAUAAACUCUUAUCUAGGACAGACAGCGCAUCAUCAGCACAGGUGCUGUAUGACACACCAAAGGGGCAGCCGGGGCCAGUGCCACUGAUGAAUUGGUGUACCAGGUACCACAGAGUGUGGCCCAUUCCGCUGGGAGUAAGGAUGAACUGA